UUAGAGCAACUACACUGAGAGACUAAGAGCACUUCGCAAGAUAACGAUUAGGUCCAUGUUAUACAUAUAUCAGAUCAAAUAUUAUUGUGAAAUAAGCCUAGCUUACCUUCUUGAGGCAAAUAAACAGGGGUAUCAUUUUUGGAAGGAAAUAUAUGUUUCUCAGUAGAAGGCUGGAUGUUAUUCAUAUAACAUUUUUGACUUGAUUGGAUUUUCUACGGCCACAGUAAACAGUAACUAGAAGAAACCACACACUGCAAGAAGCCAACAGGUAACACUUUGCUUUAAAAGGAAAUAAUAUAGACAAAACAAGACAGUCAAGCGAAUGAUUCCAUUUAAUGCAAUUCCAAGGCUGGCCCAUCAUGGACCCCAGAGCUGCGAGAUCCUCCCUCCUGCCUGUCGUGUCCAUCCUGCUGCUCCAGCCUGAGGCCCAGGCAGCCGAUGGCCCCCCGCAUGGAUGUGGCGCCUCCAUCCUUCCACUGUACUAUAAACUGUGUGACCUGAAUGCCGUCUGGGGUGUGGUGGUGGAGGCGCUGGCGGCGGCAGGAGUGGUGCUCUCCUUCAUACUGCUGGUGGUGCUGCUGUCCAGCCUGCCAUUCAUGACAGACAGCCAGCGGCGGAGCUCGGUGGGAAUACAGGCCGGCUUCCUGCUCUGCACCAUGGGCCUCUGUGGCUUGGCCUUUGCCUUUAUCACGGGCAGGGACUUCACCACCUGCAUGGCACGCCAGCUCCUCUUCGGCGUGCUGUUCGCUGGCUGCUUCGCCUGCCUGCUAAUGCAGGGCGUACGGCUGAACCUACUGACUCGUCGUGACAAUGGCCCCCCGGGCUGGGUGCUCUGCCUGGGCGCCCUGGGCCUCUGGCUGGUAGAAGUCAUCAUCAACAUUGAGUGGCUGGUCCUCACCAUGUCAUUCCCGUCGGCUAACAGCACCACUGAUGUGCCCGUGCCCUGCCUCACUUCCAACCAGGAUUUCACCAUGGCACUGGUCUACGUUAUGGCCUUAUUACUUACUUCUCUGAUUGGCGCAAUGUCAGCCUUAAUAGGCAAGAGACGCCAAUGGCUGAAGGAGUGCACCUUUCUCUUGGCCACAGCCUCCAUCUCCCUGGCCAUCUGGGUGGUUUGGCUCACCAUAUACAUCCACUGGAAUGACGGCAAUGGCAAUUCCAGCUGGAACGACCCCACGUUGGCCAUAGCCUUGGUGUUCAAUGCAUGGGUGUUCCUCACGCUCAGCAGUUGUCCCCAGAUCGGCAUGCUCACAGAAGACCACACCUCAAAGACCACCCCCACAGAGGUAAUCUAUGAGAACACUGCGAAGGUGCAGAAGGCGGCCGGUGUUUCCAGGAAGCCCUACGAAAACUUGUACAUGGAGAACAGAGCAUUCUCUAUGAACGAGCCCAGCCCAGGCAGGAGACCUAUAUCCCCUUAUAGCAACUACAGCGGCUUGUCUCGCAGCAGCAUUUACCAGCCCACCGCACUAGCCCUCAUCAUGAAGGGCCCGCCAAAUAAGGAUUUGUCCAAUGAUGCACUGAUGGCGCGGGUCACUGCCAACCCUCAAGUCCUAAGCCGGAGUUUCUCUGCAGCCCCCCAGAUCCAGACCUUGCCUGGUUAAAGGGAGCCAUCCUACUUGCUGACCAUCAUACCUGCCCUGCCACCCACUUCCUGUCCUGUGAUUAAUGUAUAUGGCAACCCUCACACUAGGGCCUAUGCAAGGGCAUUAGUCUGUGGCAUUGGCUGGGGGUGAUUCUCGCACCUGGUGUUCCAGAGCACAGCCAUCUCAGUCUGUUUGAUGAUGCUCUACGUGCACAAAAGCUGCCUCAGCUCCAGAGCUGUGACAUGGAGAGGCGCCCCAGCAAAGUCUACGUAAAAAACACAGAGAAGCACAGCUGCUCUUUAUUUUCCCGAAGUUCUGUUCAAUUUCAAAAGCCCCUUUUCUUCGAUUCUAGUCCAGUAGUUAGUGGUGUUAAACUCAACUGUUAAGCAGACCCAGACCUCGCCCAGUUUUUUUUAUCUGUGAAGAACCAUUCAUCACUUGAUUUUUGCCUGUUUUCCCAGUGCCUGUGGACUUAUUAGAAGUAAGUGGGUGCCCACCCCCCCCCCCACUGUAUUUUAGCUAGACCACCUCUGGGAGUGAAGUAGGAGAUCUGAGUCUAACUUCAUAAGACGGAACUGUAGAUUGUUUCUAAUCAGUUACAGCUGAAUAAGAUUUUGUAAAGUUUUUGUUGUCUUGUAUACAUAAGCAGAAACUGUAAUCAAUAAAUUAAA